GACACACAGCGGAGAGCCGUGCUGCGGGAGGAGCGAGCAGCGUGUUUCCGGGAGUCAUCUAUCGAGAGGCGCGGAACACACGCGGCAAUGGAAGCCGAGUUUCGGGAAAUCGAUGAGCACGGGAACUGGAACGACGUUUACCAGGAGAUUAGGCAGCAGUCCAGUGACCUACCAUGCAAGAUCGCCAAACUUCCAGAAAACAGAAGUCGUAAUCGAUACAGAGAUGUCAGCCCAUUUGACCACAGCCGUAUUUGUCUACAGAUCGGUUGUAAUGACUACAUCAAUGCCAGUUUGAUCUCAGUGGAGGAAGCGCAGAGAAAAUACAUACUAACUCAGGGUCCGUUACCAAACACCUGUGGUCAUUUCUGGGAGAUGGUCUGGGAACAGCGCAGUCAAGGAGUUGUAAUGCUGAAUCGCGUUGUAGAGAAAGGCUCGGUGAAGUGUGCUCAGUAUUGGCCUCAGCGAGAGGAACGGGAGGCUGUUUUUGAGGACACAAACUUCAGACUUACUCUGAUCUCAGAGGAUGUGAAAUCGUACUACACAGUACGACAGCUGGAGUUGGAAAAUCUGUCGACACAGGAAACACGGGAGAUUCUUCAUUUCCACUACACCACAUGGCCAGAUUUUGGCGUUCCAGAGUCUCCUGCUUCUUUUCUCAACUUCCUGUUGAAAGUGCGCGAGUCGGGUUGUCUGAGUCCAGAGCUCGGGCCUGUGGUGGUCCACUGCAGCGCUGGCAUCGGCCGCUCUGGCACAUUCUGCCUUGUAGACACCUGCCUUCUAUUGAUGUCUCAGAGGGAAGAUCCAUCAUCUGUUCGGAUUCAGGAGGUUUUGCUGGAGAUGCGACGAUACCGCAUGGGUCUGAUCCAGACGGCUGACCAGCUGCGUUUCUCUUACCUCGCCUUCAUCGAGGGUGCCAAGUACAUCAUGGGAGACACGUCUGUACAGGAGUCAUGGAAGGAGUUAUCAAAUGAGGAGGAUCUUCCCCCUGAACUAACUCCUCCUCCCAGGCCACCGCCCCGAAUAGACCCUCCUAACGGCAAAGGUGACAUAGUGAACUCUGACUCCGCAGAAAUCUGUGAAAACAGUGUGCCCAAGACAUUCACAGACGGUCCAGAAAUUCGCAAACGAACAGUCCCAGCUGAAGUCGGAGCAUUGCCAUUGUUAAAUGAACAACCCGACGAACCGAUCAUCCCAAGAGAAGCUCCUCCGAAACCUGCGCGAUCUCCUCCUGUAACCCCUACAGCGGAGGCUCCUACCACUGCCGCUCAAGAAGCCUGGAGCCCCCUGGUGAUCAGCUUAUGUUUGUGCUCGGCACUGGCCGUAGGUGCUUAUUGUUACCGCACAUAUUUCCACUGAUGUCCUCUCUUUCCAUCCAUCUCUUUCUCUAUCCCUCCAUUGGCAGGCGGGAUAAGAAAAAGAGAGACACACACAGACACUCACUCUCUCUCUCUCUCUCAGCUGGACCCGUCUCUCCAAGUGGAGAAAGGGUUUCAAAGACUCCUCUCAGCCAAACUGCUGUCGUCUCCCUCUAAACACACUCUUUUACACACACAAUCUAAUAAACGUGUGUCCGUUUAAAACCUCAGGGCCUCACAAUUCAGGUGUUGCUACCCAAAUGUUAUACACAGCUAAAAGAAAAUCCAAAAGACUCUUAUUGCUGCAGUAAGUAAGGGAAAUUUUUGUGUGUGUGUCUGUGUGUGUGUGUGUGUGUGUGUGUGUCUCGAUCAUGUUUUUUGUUUUUUGCAAUCUGAUUCUGACGACUGUCAGUGGUGGAGCUGUUCAGGAGCUCCUUUUAUACAUGCUGAACACACAAACCUGCUGUACGUGAUAAAAAAACCUGUUUGUAUGUGUGUGCGUGUGUUGGAGAAAAGGGAGGUCACGAGUAGACUGGGAUGUCUAAUGCUAUCAAGUGCUCAGUGUUACGCUACUUUCAGAGUAAGCAUCCCAAACUUUUUCUCAUUUCAAGCAUUUUUUUCCAUCUUUGUGUACCCCAAAGGUGACACUGGCACUUCUGUGUAUGAAAAGAGAUCAUGUGACUGAUGCGCCGUCCUCUCGUUCAUUCAUUCGACGUUUCGUCCAAUCAGUCUACAUUUACAGUAAGGUUCAGAUCAUAGAAAAUGCUGGAGCUGGUGUCUAGAUGUUCAGUACGAACCUCAGUCAGAUCUUAUCUGUUUUUCUACAGAGGCCCAAUGCAAUAAUAGUGACUGCGGCCGAUUAAUAUUCUCCAGUGAGAGCUCUCAUUUCAGUCAUUUGAAAUAAUCAUUGUGAAUUUAUAUGGGUUUUUGAAAACAUUUCAAUUAAAGUUUGCUGUGGAAAUCAAGUUAUUCAUUUAAACCAAGUCCUUCAUUGUUAGAACCUAAAAAUACUCGCACAUAUAUUCUCAUUUGUUCAAUGAUGGUGUGACCAGCAGAUGGCAGUAAUGAGUAUAAUGAGAUAUUUCAGAUUAUGGGACAGGGUUUGUUUUCCUUGUCCCCCCCCCCACCCCCCGCUGCAAUAGAGAUACGUUCAGAUGCUUCUGACCCAUGUCACAUGACUUGAUCAAAGUACACAGGGGUCAGACGAACCAAAAAAAAAACCCCACACCAGCACCGAAUGAAUGCAAAGAGAGAAACGACCAGUGACAGUGAGCUGUCUUUGUGUUUUACUGUUUUAGUCUAUUAUUGUCAUAGUAAUUAUUAUCGAGAGAGAUUAACGGCAGACGGGCAUAAACAUUUCAUUCGAAUCAAUCAAACCACGCUGCAGAACUGUUACUUUUGAACAAUGUGCGAACAAGUCCAAUGCAGUAACCUCAAAACAAAAACCAAGCCUCUUCUCUUAGGUGCACUGAGGCCUGAAACGCUUUUAAUCGUGACUUCGCUUUGUGUGGUGUCUCUCUCACUGCUGCUUGACCAGUCCAGAAUGGUCAUUUUUUCGGGGUCGCUGGAUGGUUUUUCCUUUCUGUAGGGGUUCGAUGUUUUACAUGCUGAAGCCAUUGUUGUUUGGUUUGAAGGUUUUGUCAUAACGAGUGCCACCAUUCAAUGUAGUGACUCUCACAAUCUGGUCCCAAAGCGGGACCGCAGAAUGUAAAGUCUCUUCUUGCCGGCUUUAUUUACACACAUACGCAUAUAUAGAGAAAUUUAUUUGUCUGUGUCAUUGUUUGUUGUCUUUCAGUUGUCUUUGGACUUUGGUAGACUUCUUCUUUGGCCUUUUUCUAUAACGAGGCUGAAGAGUUUUGCCCCCCCCCGACAUCCUGUUGUGUCCUUUUUUAAUGUUGAUUUUUUUUUUUUUGUAAGAAAAGCUUAUGCUUGUUCCAGUUGGAUGUAUUGACAUUUGAAAUUUUAUUUUUUUGGACAGAAUACAAAGCAGACGCUGUGGUAAUAAACGUAUACAUCUCUGA